AGCAUCAUCAUCCUCAUAACUAGCUAGGCGAGUGCAGCAGAACGUGUGUGCGCGCUUGUGCGCGUUUGUUGUUGCUUUCGUUCAGUUAAAUCGUAAAACUAGCCGAAAUUAUUAGUUAUCGACGAUGAUACGGAUAUGUUCUUGCGCUGUGCGAGGUGGCAUAGCCAACUUUAUGUCACAAUCUGUGCGGCAUCGGCACGCUAAAACGCGAAACCCGUUCAAGAAAGUUGAGCCGCUCGCGGUUAAGUUGGAGGAACCGGAACGAAGCGGGCCAUUGGGAAGCGACUUCUCAGGCAGUUACGAGUUUGAUGAUAUAGAGGAAGAUCCAGAAACUGUCCUGGAACACGUUGAACAUUACUACGACCGCCAUAUGGAUGAACUCCGCUUUGAACGAAAGAAAGUAAGAAGAGCGGUCGUAAGGCGGAAAUACUUCAAGGAAAUAUUUCCACCGGAAACGAACCUAUUGACAUGGGCUGCAAAACAGCAAAUCCAUUACCUGCACAUCCUUGAUCCGUCGGAGUGGACGGCCGAAAGGAUCGCCGAAUGUUUCCCAGUGAGCGUUCGGGGAGCAAAGAAGCUGCUGAAAUCCCGAUUUACAACAGCGACUGCUGAAAGGAUAGCGGAACAUGACAACCACGUACAGCUCAAGUGGAAGGCAUUGAAAACAGGCAAGGCAGAUGAAAAAAUUUCGCCAACCACGAAGAAGUUGUAUUUGGAGGGAAAGCUUCAGGAAGACCAGGCAUAUGGGAACAAGACACUUCCCAUGCCGGACCAACAAAGCGACAUAAAGGCACUGGAGCUUUCACGUCACUCUACAAAGCCUGGCGAAUACAGCAAGCUUAUUGCCCCCUACUUAAAGCUGAAGAACCCCGAGAAGAGAGUGCCUGACAAAAAAUAUGAACAGGCAAGCUUUGAACAACAGUAUGAGGAUAUUUACACAGACGAUGUAGCAGCUGCAACGACACUCAAGAGAAAGGGCAGCCAAGGAAUGCAUGUUCGAAUAGAUGAAUACAAGGCUGCAACCAUUAAGAAGCCCGAGCAAGAUGCAAGGCACUGCAUGGAUUUCAGCACUGCAAAGCAUGUAAGCGCAAGUGAACACGCCUCAGACACAGUAUCAGCAUCGCUCCAGGGCAAAGACAGCAGCUUGACAGUAGAGGGCGCUACUAAACAUGAUGAAACUUUUGAUAUUCUUGAAGCUUUUAAGUAUAAAAGAGAUGACACAAGGUCACAGCGAGCAAGCAAUGAGAUUGCAAAGGACUACAAGUAUUCAGCAGACAAUGAAGAAGUGCUGCAAAGGCGCAUCACAAUACCAUCUCACUUGAAGAAUCAAGGCUCAGCUGUGCAUAGGGUUGGAAAGUGCUACUAUGACGACGACGGUGAAAUAUUGUACAAAGUUCCUUGAUGCAUGUAUUAUAGUACUCUUUAUUUUGCGGAAAUAUAUAAAUUAACUACAAAAAUAAUGUCUGCACAUAUUUUAUACUUCUGCGACAGUUAUUGACCUUUAAGCUGCGCUAAUAGCGAUGCAUUUUCUUGCUUCAUCUGCUUGUAGUCGGCCGUAAUCCUCUCCAAGUUAGCUGUGACUUUCUUCUGACUCUCCUGUUCUAUUUGAUCUUCCAGGUCACGCAUUUCCCGCGUGAUCGACCCUGUUUCUUCCACUGCUUGCAAAAGCUGGUUUGAAUUCUGUAAAGGAAAGACACAUUGAAGAACUUAGGGUUAGUGUGCAUUGUGGUUCACAUAAAAGCUACUUUGUU